CUAUUUAUCUUUGGUCAUCACCGUAAAGGUUUAACCUGAAAGGUUCCGACUUCCUGUUUCCUGUUGGCUUCACCUUUCAUGCUUCUGUAUAAAGAAGCUUCUCAUCUGCAGGACAUCGGACUCCCGGUCCUCCCAGAAUCCCACUGCUGUUCUGACCCACCUGGAGGUCAAACAUGGCACCUCCUCCCUCCACCAUGCUCCUCCCCCUCCUGUGGGCGCUGCUCCACCUGGCAGGAGCUCAGCAGACGUUUGGCUCCGCCUCCCAGCUGGACAUCAGCACCUGCCCCAUCACCUUCUAUGGAAAGACCUACCGCCGAGUCUACGUGAACUUCACCUCUGAAAACUUUGUGGUUUGCUUUGGAGGUUUCUUCAGUCCUAACGGCGCAGACGACUGCCUCCUGGCCACUCCCCCCGACUCCCAGCAUGCCAAGCUGGAGCUGUUCCGGCGGAUCCCCAUCCUGGAGACGCUCAUCCACAACAGCCUGCCCAGCAUCCGCACCAGCAUGGACUGUUUCGCCGGGUUCUCGCUGCAGCACAGCGGCCAGCCUACCAGCCUGGCUCUGGUCAGCUUUGGGAGGCGGUCGGCGCUGUACCUGUACACCACUGCUGUAGGAACCGUGGUGGUUGAUGUUCUGGUCAGUGGAACCAGAGUGGAAACUGUGAAGGUCACCAACACUCCUGGAAACAAACAAAUCCGAGGAUACUUGGACACCAGCGGAUGCUUCUACUCAGGUGUCGUCUAUGAACCUGGACGUCAGGUGAACUCUCCAGAGACCUGCCUCUUCCUCAACUGCAGUGAAGACGUUGGUCUGCAGGUGUCUGCCUGUGGUCCACUGGAGCGUUGCCAAGGCAACGGCAGCUGCAUUGAGGUCCCUCCCCAAACCCCGAUCCCGCGCAGCACCUGCUCUGUGGUCGGCCCCGCGGUCCUGGACGUCCACGGGCAGCUGAACUUCGUGGAGGACCGGUGCUCCUACGCUCUGCUGUCGGCUCCUGACCUCCAGAUCGUAGCAAUGUUUCAGGAGCGGCGCCGUAAAGACGUCAGCUUCCUGGACGGCCUGAUCCUGCAAAUGGGCAGGUCUGACGUUCACAUCAACCUGGACCCGGGAGGGCGGGUCAGGCUGAACAACCUGACGAUGGUCCUCAACAGCUCCGCUCAGACGGUUUAUGGCGUGGAGAUGUCCAAAGACCAGACCGGAGUCACCGUCCAAGUGUCGCACUCCAACCUCACUGCAACCGCCUUCUUCAACGGGCCAGCUGUUCCAUCGGUGGGCGGGCUGUGUGGAAACGCCAGCGUGUCUUUGGGUGAACUGAGGCUUCCUGAGUUCAGCUCCACCAGUUGUGAGACGCGGUACAGCGACACUGUGGACACGUCCAUCAACUGCACCAGGAUGAGUGAACGCUGUGACCUCCUGAAGGGGGCGCUCUUCUCCUCCUGUACCACGGACCCUGAGCCUUACAUCACUGCCUGCAUGGACGUUUUGUGUAAAUAUCCUGACCUGGACGGCCUCAGGUGUCAGUUCCUGGAGGUCUACGCGAGAGCCUGCAGCCAGAGCAACGGCGCCGCCCUGCAGGGCUGGAGGUCCAAAGCUGAGUGCUCGCCCCCUGUGGCCAUCUGUCAGGACAGGACGUGUGGUCCAAACGAGUUCUGCUCUGAGACGAGGCCCGGCGGACAAACCCGCUGCCUCUGCCGAGCACUGUUUGCCUCAAAGUACCUGGGAAGAACCACUCUGGGUGGUCCAGCGGUCUGCCGACAGAACUCCGCCUCUCUCACUUUGGUCGGGUGUCUCCUGGAGGACAGAGGCAUCAACUACACCCAGCUGCACCUCAACGACGCCGCCUGCCGGGGUCAGAUGGACGAGCAGACGCACAUGCUGACCUUCAGCUUCAACAGCAGCAGCACCUGUGGGGCGCAGGUCUUGACCAACAGCAGUCAUGUGAUCUACAAGAACACCAUCCGGGGUCAGAACGGUUCCUCUGACACUCACCACGGUCCGUUCCACGUGGACUUCUCCUGCGCUCAGACCAGGCCGGGCGUUCAGACGGUGGCCUUCAGCGUCCGUGGCAGCACUGUGGUCCAGCUCGCCACAUCUGGAUCCUGGAACUACACUCUGACCCUGAAGGCCUUCACCGACGCCGAGCGCUCACAGGCGGUGCAGCCGAGCACCGAGCUGCAGCUGGACCAGAGGAUCUGGGUGGAGCUCCACACGCACGGUCUGGAGGAAACCGCGGUCGUCAUGGUGAUGGACUCCUGCUGGGCCACCGACAACGGGACCUCCAGAUACGAGCUGAUCCGUGAUGGAUGUGCCAGCCCCGCCGACCACACGGUGCAGGUGGAGAGAAACGGCCAAUCAGCUUCCAGCAUCUUCUCCUUCAAGAUGUUCGGUUUCUCUGAGAGUUCUGGAGACGUCUUCCUGCACUGCAGACUGCAGCUGUGCUUCAGACAGAAGAGCUGCUCACCUGAAUGCAGCAGAGCUCAGAAACGCCGAUCGGUGCGGUCCAAACGUGGAUCUGCUGCUGUCUCCGUCCAGGACCCGUGAGGUGGUAACCAUGGAAACCGAUGGAUGGCUGCUGACCUGCCUGAUCCGUUUGGAUCAAACCCUCAUGGUGGUUUUAAAUCUGUUUUUGUCUUUUUUUUGGGUAAAAUCUUAUCGGUGGUUCAGGAUCUCUGUCCCUCAGAGUUCUGCUCACAGGGUGCAGACGUCUGAGGUGUGAAGGGUCUGAUGUUACAGCAGGAGAACCGCCUUCAAAGAGGAGUUCAAAGGUAGAGCGAUCAUUUCUGAGAACAGGAUGACGUGCUGAGGAGAGACGACUCACAAACGAAGGAUGAAACCUGAACACUAAUGUAGCUUCAGGCUGUGAAGAUGAAGCUCCAGGAAGACGGUGGAGCUUUCUGGGGGGCGGAGCUCUUUAGAAAUGAGAUCGAAUGUGAUUUUUAGGCUCUGAUCCUUUUCAUCUCUAACUCGUUCUGCAGCAGAGCGAGCACGAACCAGAACCUCUGCUGGUGAACACAUUCUGACAUUCAGGGGUUUGUGGUUCUGGACUUGGAGGAGUUUAAGUAGACAAACUUCCCAUGUGCUCCAGGCUGAUCUGCUCCGGUUCCUCUGCUGCUUCUGGUUCCAUAGAAUCUCUAAAGUCGUGGUUUUCAGAUCAUCUCUAGAUCUGGUUCUCCUUCGGUGGAUGUUUUUGUUUUUAUACUUUGGUUGUCUCUGUCAUCUUUAGGUGUGUUUAAUAAAGUUUUUGAAGUCCGUCUCA